GGUGGAUAGUGGAGUGUUUCCCAUGUGGUAUUGGUGUGCUGCAUAUCCCUUCACUGGUAGCCUGGUAACAUACACUCCCAGGUCUUUCUCUGCCUCUGUGGUGGAUAGUGGAGUGUUUCCCAUGUGGUAUUGGUGUGCUGGAUAUCCCUUCACUGGUAGCCUGGUAACAGAUAGUCCCAGGUCUUUCUUUGCCUCUGUGGUGGAUAGUGGAGUGUUUCCCAUGUGGUAUUGGUGUGCUGGAUAUCCCUUCACUGGUAGCCUGGUAACAUACACUCCCAGGUCUUUCUCUGCCUCUGUGGUGGAUAGUGGAGUGUUUCCCAUGUGGUAUUGGUGUGCUGGAUAUCCCUUUACUGGUAGCCUGGUAACAUACACUCCCCGGUCUUUCUCUGCCUCUGUGGUGGAUAGUGGAGUGUUUCCCAUGUGGUAUUGGUGUGCUGGAUAUCCCUUCACUGGUAGCCUGGUAACAUUUAGUCCCAGGUCUUUCUCUGUUUCUGUGGUGGAUAGUGGAGUGUUUCCCAUGUGGUAUUGGUGUGCUGGAUAUCCCUUCACUGGUAGCCUGGUAACAUAUAGUCCCAGGUCUUUCUCUGCCUCUGUGGUGGAUAGUGGAGUGUUUCCCAUGUGGUAUUGGUGUGCUGGAUAUCCCUUCACUGGUAGCCUGGUAACAUAUAGUCCCAGGUCUUUCUCUGCCUCUGUGGUGGAUAGUGGAGUGUUUCCCAUGUGGUAUUGGUGUGCUGGAUAUCCCUUCACUGGUAGCCUGGUAACAUAUAGUCCCAGGUCUUUCUCUGCCUCUGUGGUGGAUAGUGGAGUGUUUCCCAUGUGGUAUUGGUGUGCUGGAUAUCUCUUCACUGGUAGCCUGGUAACAUAUAGUCCCAGGUCUUUCUCUGCCUCUGUGGUGGAUAGUGGAGUGUUUCCCAUGUGGUAUUGGUGUGCUGGAUAUCCCUUCACUGGUAGCCUGGUAACAUAUAGUCCCAGGUCUUUCUCUGCCUCUGUGGUGGAUAGUGGAGUGUUUCCCAUGUGGUAUUGGUGUGCUGGAUAUCCUUUCACUGGUAGCCUGGUAACAUAUAGUCCCAUGUCUUUCUCUGCCUCUGUGGUGGAUAGUGGAGUGUUUCCCAUGUGGUACUGGUGUGCUGGAUAUCCCUUCACUGGUAGCCUGGUAACAUGUAGUCCCAUGUCUUUCUCUGCCUCUGUGGUGGAUAGUGGAGUGUUUCCCAUGUGGUAUUGGUGUGCUGGAUAUCCCUUCACUGGUAGCCUGGUAACAUAUAGUCCCAUGUCUUUCUCUGCCUCUGUGGUGGAUAGUGGAGUGUUUCCCAUGUAGUAUUGGUGUGCUGGAUAUCCCCUCCCAAGGUGCAGGACUUUACAUUUUUCUUCACUGAACUGUAGCAGACACUUUUGUUCCACUCCUGUAGCUUGGAGAUGUCUUCUGGUGGGGAAUCCACAUCCAAGGGGUUAAGGGUGCAAAAUAGGAAAAUAGGAAACAAAAAAGUCUGUAAUGGCCCUGCAAACAUGAAUGACCCUACAAUGAGCUUCCCCUUUCCUUCCUCCUAUACAAAAAGGUCGCAAAAACUGGUGGAGGAGAGCUGUCAGACACAUCAAUCCCACAAAGUAAUGGAAAAAAAUCCCCAGACAAAAAAGGAGUAAUGUUUAGCCUGAGGUGACUUAUACCUGGCAAUGAGCCCAGCCAGGAUGUCAUGCCGCCACGCCAAGCAGCACAAGGCUCUAGAACCUACACACAUAGACCUACACAGUGAAAAGCCACCUCAGGAUUCAGGACAAGUCAAACAGCCAUAAAGCCAAGCAGCAAAAGGCUCUAGUACCAACACACAUUAACCUACACAGUGAACAGCCCCCCCAGGACUCAGGAGAACCCAAAUACCCAUCAAGCAAGCAGUGAAGGGCUCUAAACCUACACACACUGACCUACACAGUGAACAGCUGCCCCAGGACUCAGGAGAACCCAAAUACACAUCAAACAAGCAGUGAAGGGCCCUAAAACUUACAGACAUUGACCUAUACAGUGAACAGCCACCCCAGGACUCAGGAGAAGCCAAAUACCCAUCAAGCAAGCAGUGAAGGGCUCUAAAACCUACACACAUUGACCUACACAGUGAACAGCUGCCCCAGGACUCAGGAGAACCCAAAUACACUUCAAGCAAGCAGGGAAGGGCUCUAAACUUACACACAUUGACCUGCACAGUGAACAGCUGCCACAGGACUCAGGAGAACCCAAAUACACAUCAAGCAAGCAGUGAAGGGCUCUAAACUUACACACAUUGACCUAUACAGUGAACAGCUGCCACAGGACUCAGGAG